AUGCUUCUAUCUCUCAUUGGCCAACUACUCCGAGCGCGUUCCGACCCACUCUUACCCGAUGAGAUUAUGAAUUUAUAUCACAACUCCAAGGCAAUUGGAACGUCACCAGAUAUAAAAGAUCUGCAAACUGCAGCUUCGCACAUCACAAAGCUUUCCAAAAAGACCUUUAUCAUUUUAGAUGCCUUAGACGAAUUCCCCAAGGACACACGGGGUAGUGUCCUAUCUUGGAUUGGCGAGGUUGCGGCAGAUCAUAAUGCGGGGUCGCUGUCUAUUCUCGUCACCAGCCGUCCCGAGGCAGAUAUAGUGAAAUCCCUAGAGCCACUUACCAAUUUUUCAAUAUCCCUACAAUCAGAAAUUAUCAAUGCAGAUAUCCGGGUAUAUAUACAGAACUCUUUGGACGGUAGGGAUGGCUUCAAGAAAUUUAGCAAGGAAAUUAGGAGUGAGAUAGAGGAUACACUCGUUACGCGUUCGCAUGGAAUGUAUGCUAUAUUUCACUUUCCAAUUUUUGACUUGUGCUGAUACAAGAUUUGAUAUGUUAAGGUUCCGAUGGGUAGAUUGCCUUCUACGAAUUCUUCAGGAAUGCCUAACGCCAAAAGCCGUGAAAGCUGCCUUGAAGGAACUGCCGAAAGACUUAGAUUCUGUCUAUUUAAGGAUCCUUGACAGCAUUCACGAGACGCAGAGGGAAUACAUUCAGCGUGCCAUGCAUUGGCUCGCAUUUUCGGCUGAACCAUUGACCUUAGGCCAGCUUGCAGAAGCAGUUGUGAUCGAAUACGAUGUCAACAAGUAUGGCGAGGAUCCAGAAACUCUUUUUGAUCCGAACUCCCUCAUGAGCAUUUGCCCAAGUCUGAUUUCCUUCGAAGAUGCCCGGGACCAUAAACACUUCACCCAGGAAAGCCGGCGAUUACGACUAGCUCACUUUUCGGUAAAGGAAUAUUUGAUC